GGAAGUUACGAUGACUGUAUUUCGCACUUGCCUAGGUAUAUUCAACGUGCCUACCUAUUUGACAGGUGGGUAUCCCUAGGCAAGUGCGUACUGACUGUCAACUGCCUAGCAACCGAUUUAUCGUUUUGGUUGGCCCGUGACGACUUGUUUCCUCCCUCGUCGCCGACCCGACUACGAAAUCUUUUGUGGUGUCUUCUAUUUACACGCUCGGUGCACAAACGUAAACCUUUCUUCCAAUUACAACAACCAAACCUCAAUUUUCAUCACGUCAAACUUCCGUCUUUUUUCGCGACGCAACGUUUGUUCAUCAUGGACAUGCCUGAUAUGCCCGGCAUGGGCUCUUCAUCCUCGAUGAUGAUGGACAUGCCUACUUCAACUGCUACCGCUGCACCCGCAGCCACUUCUAUGACGAUGGGCGGAAUGGGAGGUAUGGGAGGUAUGGACAUGGGCAAUGGAGGCGGCCACAUGUGCAAGAUCUCCAUGCUCUGGAACUGGAACACCGUCGACGCGUGUUUCCUCUCGACUUCCUGGCACAUCAAGUCGAGUGGCAUGUUCGCCGGAUCUUGCAUCGGUGUGAUCCUCCUUGCAAUCACUCUCGAGGGUCUUCGUCGCUCUGUCAAGGAGUAUGACCGUUACCUCAUCCGCAAGAACAUCAGCGGAGGCCUUGUUGCCGUGACCCGAGCCGAGUCGCCCAAGAUCGACCCUCCCACCACUGCCGCUUCGGCCCCCGUGUCGUCGGUCACUCCCAGCGCUGCCUGUGCAGCAAGCUACCGCCCCAAGGUGUGGGAGCAAGCCAUUCGUGCUCUUCUUCACACGGCCCAGUUCAUCGUGGCCUACUUCCUCAUGCUGUUGGCCAUGUACUACAACGGUUACUUCAUCAUCUGCAUCUUCAUCGGUGCGUACAUUGGUAGCUUUGUCUUCCAGUAUGAGAAGCUUGGUGGUGGACAGCAGACCAGCGCUGCCAGUGAAGCGACGGUAUGCUGCGGUUAAGCCUGUGCCCCUGCACCUCUACAAACAACAACGACCUUAGCAAUCUGUUGAUAAACUGCGGCACUGAUGUGAUACCCUUCUUUAUGUGCCCGAGAUGGGAAGGAGGGUUGAGGAAAUCGUGCUUUAUGCCGUGAUGGCUCUUUGAUAAUGAUCGUGCGAUCGUUACGGCUCUUUGAUUCUAUAAAUUCGC